GUCAGUAGGAUCCGCAAUCGGUGCGAACCGGAUAACUUCUUUUCUGACCGUCAUAAUUUAAGGAUCUUGCCUUUGAGCGUCCAGAUGUGGCCGUGCUGUGGUGGUUCUGGUGGUCCGGCGGUGGCUUCCCGUCGCUGAAGGAUCCGCGGAGACUUUUCUCUGGAAAACUGCAGCUUGGGAAUUAUUAGGGAAUUUUCUCAGCUUUAACAGAGACAGAACACCUCCUUUAUUUUUCUGCAUGAUAAACCACCAAGAAGAAACAGCAGGACAGCUCUCCACGCUGGGAAGGAAUAUUAUGGGAACAUUGGAGUGAUUUUUCCUCCCCCCUUCCCUCCCCCGUUAUCUCCCCACAUAGAGCAGAAGCUGAUCUGGGACCAGCGGGGAGCUAAAUGCGGCUCUCUGGUGACCCUGCAGCGGCCACCAUGAGCAGCAGCGGCGGGUCCGGUAACUUCCUGCUGGUGCCCAUCCCGGAGUACCCCCCGCUGGACUGCGUGCCCAACAAGACGGUGAAGAUCGUGGUGCUCGGGGCCAGCAACGUCGGGAAGACCGCUCUGAUUGUCAGGUUUCUGACCAAGAGGUUCAUCGGGGACUACGAAGCGAACACUGGAGCGCUCUACUCCAGAAAGGUCGCGCUGGAUGGGGAGGAAGUGUCGCUUCAGAUCCAGGAUACUCCCUGCGUGGCUCUCCAGGUAAACCCCCCCGAUGGGGGCGGGCGGCCCGCCCACGCUUCCAUCCCAGAGGCUUCUGGCAGCGUUAUGAGCAGAACAUCUGAUGACGCCGAGGGCCUUCACUGCCAGGAGCAGAUCAACAGGUCGAUCUACUGGGCCGACGGCUACGUGCUGGUUUACUCCAUCACCGACCUGCACAGCUACCGCACCAUCCAGCCGCUGUACCAGCACGUCAGGCGCAUCCACCCCUCCGGGAACAUCCCCGUCAUCCUGGUGGGGAACAAGAGCGACCUGCUCAGAGCCAGGCAGGUGCCGGCGGACGAAGGCGAGACGCUCGCGGCUACGCUGGGGGGAGUCUACUUCGAGGCCUCGGCCAGAGAGAACCACGAGGGCGUCCACGCCACCUUCCUCCACCUCUGUCAGGAGGUGGUCCGGGCACUGGGAGGCGGCAACGGGGAGAAGCGCAGAGGAGGCCUCCACCUGGCCCGACCCAAAUCCCCCAACAUGCAGGAGCUGAAGAGGAGGUUCAGACAGGUCCUCUCCUCCAAGGUCAAGUCAUCCACCGCCCUCUGACCCCAGGACAGCUGGAAGGACCAGGACUCCCACCGAGGUCCGAGAGCAGUCCGGAGGUGUCCUCGGCAACCGAGGCUGUCCUCUGGGGUGCCCGUGACCUCUGGGGUCCCCGUGACCUCUGGGGAAACGAACACUCGUCCACGGAGCGCCCGGCAAACCGCUCGGAGAG